AUGUUACGGCAAGCCCCACCAAAAACUCCGAUCUCCUGCAGCAAAUUUCCAUUCACCUGGACUCAGACUAUCAUAACAAGUACGGACAUGGGAAUCAAGCGCCCUCAUCACGAUGGCUCUAUGCCAUCAGAGUCAGCGUCUCCACGCACCCCCAAUCACCCUUCCAAGCGUCGAAAAUCCAACGACUUCGCAAUCCCCGCCAUCAAAUCCGCCUCUGUCAACCAGCUCAAGUCGAAGAUACGAAACCUGACCCGUGCACUCGAGCAUUCCGACCACCUGCCCGCUGGCGUUCGAAUAGAGAAGGAGCGGGCGUUGGCUGGUUACAAGCAAGAUGUAGAGAAGAUUCACGAAGACAAGCGGAAGAACGAGCUCAUCAAGAAAUACCACAUGGUGCGGUUCUUUGAGCGCCAGAAAGCCACCAGGGCCCACAAAAGGCUCACGAAACGUCUUGAUGCCUCCUCGCCCGAUGCGGCCGAACACAAGCAGCUCGAAAGGGAGGUGCAUGAUGCGGAGAUCGAUGUCAAUUAUACAAUCUACUACCCUCUGACCGAGAAAUAUCAGAGCCUGUUUCCACGCCGAGAGGAUGCCGGUGGUGUGGAAACAGCAGCGAAAAAAUUGGUGACAGAGAAACCAGCUAUCUGGAAGGUGGUCGAACGAUGUACGGCAGACGGAACACUAGAGGCGUUACGAGACGGGAAAUUGGCGACCGGUGUACCCGUAGGCAAUACCAAACUUGCCCUGGAGAAACCCAGGCCGGAACGCGAAGGCAAGAAAGGUCGCGCCGAAUCUAAAUCGUCCAAGAGCGCACCGCUGCAGGAGCAGGACGAGGAGAGUGACGGUGGAUUCUUUGAAGAAUGA